UGUCUUGGAGAUAUCCCAUACCUCCUUAUCUAGUAGAUGUUCCCAGAGCGUCGUACGGUACAGACGCAUUACGUCGCGUUCGCGUCGACUAGGCGGCAGUUUGGUAACCCGGUGAUUUAUUUGGUCAGCAGCGAGCGACCUGAACGUUGAUCAGCAAGUUCGGCGGCCGUGAUAGCGAUCAGCAUCGUGUCGAUUAGUAGCACGUCGAUCAGCAUCACGUCGAUUAUUCACCUUUAACGUUUAGAUAUCCUUGACGAUGACUUAGAAAGAUAUCGAUUACGGUUCUUCAGGCGCCUCAGAAAUAGCCGUAAGGUAUCCCGAUCAGCGUCUCGGCGAUGUUUAAGAAGAAGAAUUUCCGUCGCAGGCAGGACGACGACGGCGACGACGGCGGCGGCGACGGCGAUGCGCAAAAUGGCGGAACCACCGCUGCGAAACCCGCGUCGGCUGCCAAAUUCCGCGCUGAAAAGGCUAAGGAGAAACCUAAAGCCGCCCCGGCGAGCCUGCUGAGCUUUGAAGCCGACGAGGAUGGGGAGGGAGACGACGGCGGGCCGUUCGGCAUGGCGAUCGGCGGGCGAUCGAAAACCAAACCCAAACCGGAAUCCAAGUCGAAAUCUAGAUCGGCAGGGUUUGGCACGGGGCACGGGGAUGGGCACAAAUUAAGUAGAGAUAAAAAAGGCCGGGAAGACAGGAAAGGCAGGGAGGAAAAGAGGGAGGGGGGCAAGGGCGGCGGGGUGGUGGGGGGGGGGCCGUCCGCUGCUGGCGGAGCGUUGAACGUGGUGCCGCAGUCGGGGGAGUACACUAAAGAGAAGCUCGCUGAACUGGCGCGCAACACAAUGCGCAUUGCAGCGCCUUCGUCCGCCUCUAGGCGCACUCCCCCUCCCCCCUCCGCCUCCUCAGCUACAGCAGGCGCAGCCCUCUCAGCCGCCGCGGCCCCUUCCUCUACCGUCACCCCGCCCUCCCUCUCCGAGCCUCUCAUCGUGCUUCGGGGGUCGCUCAAGCCUGCAGGCUCGGCCACCGCCGAAGCUGAGGCUGGAACUAGUGGUUCGGGAGCAGCAGGUUCGGCAGGUGCUGCAGGUGCCGCAGCAGGAAUGGGAGGCUUGGGAGGAGGCUUGGGAGGAGGUUUAGGAGCAGGAUUAAGAAAGGGGGGAGGGAGUUACAUCGGCGGCACGUUUAUCCCCGAUGCUGCUGCUAUAGCAGCGGCAAAAGCAAAGAGGGAGAGAUUAAGGCAGGCCAAAGCAGCUCCGGAUUUUAUUCCGCUUCCAGGGAGUGAUAGGUCUGACAUGGCAGGGGCGGGGAGCAUGAUGAGGGGGGUGGAUGAUGAGAUGGGGGCGGAGGAGGGGGAGGGGGGAAAGGGGAAGGGGGAGCAGUCGAGCGAGGAUGAGGAGGAGGCGUUGGGGGGGAGAGUGGCGUUCGGGGGGGUGUUGGAAGGGGUGAAAGGGAGAGGAAGGGAGAGAGGAGGGCGAGGGGGAAGGGUGAAAGCGGCGGAUGGGGGUGGGGGGGUUAACGGGGAGGGGAGAGGGCAGGGGAUGGGAGGGGAGGAAGCGGACGAGGAGGAGGAGAAGGGGAACGAGGAGGAGGAUGAGGAGGAGGCGAGGUGGGAAGAGGAGCAACUCAGGAAAGGGGCCUCGCAGUCCAAGGCUGAGCGGGAGGCUCGGGAUGCAGAGGAUCGGCUGGUGGCGGCAGCAGAGGAGGUGCUAGGACUGGAGAAGGCGAUGAAGGGCGCUGAGAGCAAGUACCGAUUCGUGCAGGACUUGAGGCAGUACGUGGCCGUGCUCUGUGACUUCCUCAAGGACAAGGCGGCCCUAGUAGAGGAGCUGGAGGAGUCGCUGCAGCAGCUGCAGGAGGAGCGUGCCAAUGCAGCGUUCGACCGGCGCCGCGCUGACCUGGCGGAUGAGCUGGCGCAAGCGGAGGCUGCCACGUCAGCAGCAGCAGUGGCAAUGGCGCAGGGCGCCGGGACGGUGACAGCAGCUGCAGCGGCGGCAGCGGCGGUGGAAGCGGUGGUGGAAGGGGGAGGGGAGGGGGCAGGGGGGGUUCAGCUGGAUGAGUUUGGGCGUGAUGUGAACCUGCAGAAACGUCUGGAGUUCAAGCGGCGGAUAGCAGCGAGGGAGAGGCGACAAGCUAAGGCCGAGGCGAGGAGGGCUGGGCGCGGAAGGGGGGAGCGCAGGAGCGAGGAGAGUGAGGAUGAGCGGAGUGCGUAUGACUCGGGCAGGCGGGAGAUACUCACUGCUGCUGAUGCCAUAUUUGGCGAUGCAGCGGAGGACUAUUCGAAGAUAGAGAAGGUCAAGCAGCGCAUGGAGGGGUGGAAGCAGCAGCACCCAGCGGCCUACCGGGACGCCUAUGCCAGCAUGUCAGCGCCAGCUCUGUUUGCUCCCUUUGUGCGCCUGGAGCUGCUCAGAUGGGACCCGCUGUUUGGAGGUGGUGCGUUCGACUCCAUGCACUGGUACUCGGUUCUGUUCGAUUACGGGCUCCCAACUGACGGGUCCGAGCCUGCCCCAGACGACCCGGACACGAACCUGGUGCCGAGGCUCGUGGAGAAGGUCGGGCUGCCGAUCCUCCACCACGCGCUGGAGCACUGUUGGGACCCGCUGGACCGCGCCGCGACCAAUCGCGCGGCGACAGCUGUCGAGGAGGUGCUGGUGUACGUGGAGGCGGGGGCGCCAGCUGUGGUGGAAAUGGUGAAGGCGGUUGAGGGACGGAUGGAGGGGAGUGUUGCAGAAAUGAAGGUCCCAGCGUGGCCGCCCCCUGUGCUGGCUGCCUGCCCCUCCGCUGCUCGGUUCGCGGCUCAAAGAUUCGGACAGGCUUUGAGGCUCAUCCACAACAUGGGCAGAUUACGAGAGGUGGUGUCUCAGCCACUCCUGGACCGGCUCGUGCUGGGCUCGCUUCUGCCCAAUCAGCUGCUGCCACAUCUACGCACCCUCACCCCGUCGCUGCACGACGCUGUACCCCGUACAGAGCGACUCGUUUGCGUGCUGUGCGACGGCAAGUGGGCGGGGACGGGCAGCGGAAGCGCCUUGCCACCCUCAGCGGAACCUAGGAACAGCCCCAGGUCCCCGCUGUCGCAGCUGGUGGCUUAUGUUGAAACGCUGGGUCGCUCUGUGGAGAGUCGAAGCGCAGUGGAGGGGCAGAGGGAGGAGUGCGUGAUGCUGGCGAGGAAACUCAAGCGAAUGCUGGUGCAGAUGGAGGAGAUGGACAAGGCGAGAGGUCUAGCCAAGGUGUUCGGAAUAAAGGAGGCAGUGUAGGUUCAGAGGAGGCAGUGCAUGUGCAUGGCACGGAGUGUGCGCUACUAAAUGGGAGACUGAAGGAGAAGGCUGCAGGUGCAGAUGGCAGAGAUGAACGAGGCAAGAGCUCUGCCCAAGUUGUUUCGCUCAAAGGGAGGUAGUAUACUGGAUGCGGGUGUGCGGGUGUGGUGCUCGCAAGGAGAUUGCCGUAGAUUUGCAAGUGGGCGAGAUGGAUAAGUUGAGAGCACUUGCCAAGCCAAGGUACGUGGUUGACAUCAAAGAAUUGCAGUAAUUAGCAAUUUGGUAUUCCAUUUUAUCCAGAUAAUGCAUCUGGUGAUUUAUGCUAUGCUAUGUAUCAUGUGAAUACCUAGUCAG